CAUCCAUGGCGGCGAUGGCGUGCAUCUCGCCGUUGCCUCAGCCUCAGCCCAGUUGAGAUGCCCUGCUUCAGCAGCAGACCAGUCAGCCAAUCGGGCUGACCAGACUCCUCCACGCGGAAGAAAGGUCAGCCCGUCGUCGAUUCCCGGCGGCGCACGGACUCUUGCGGGCGAAAGCCAAGAAGGCGCAACCGAUACGGCCUCGCUCGAAUCGGUGUGUUUCUUCUUCUUGUCGCCACCACCACUACAAUCAAGGAUCACUCGCUACUCUUUCGCUGAGACGAUAGAGCUUAUCGCAGCCGCAUUCUAUCUGCCCCAUUGAAAAUCAACCUCGAACAAUAGCCCGCCAAACAUACGCAGCGCCCAUCAUGCCUUCCCUUCGCCUUGGCAGCAUCGCCCCCAACUUCCAGGCCGAGACGACGCUCGGCAGCAUUGACUUCCACCAGUGGCUGGACAACAGCUGGGCAAUUCUCUUCAGCCAUCCCGACGACUUCACUCCCGUGUGCACCACGGAGCUGGGCGAGGUCUCCAAGCUCGCUCCUGAGUUCCAGAAGCGCAAUGUCAAGGUCAUUGGUCUCUCCGCCAACGACAUCAACUCGCACGACAAGUGGAUCAAGGACAUCAACGAGCUGAGUAAGACGACGCUCAAGUUCCCCAUCAUCGGUGACAAGGACCGCAAGGUCGCCACCGAGUACGACAUGCUCGACGCCCUUGACCCCACCAACGUCGAUGCAAAGGGCAUUCCUUUCACCGUUCGCACCGUUUUUGUCAUCGAUCCCAAGCGCGUCAUUCGCCUCAAGAUUGAGUACCCUGCCUCUACGGGCCGUCACUUCACCGAGAUCCUCCGUGUGAUUGACUCGCUUCAAAUCGGCGACAAGUACCGUGUUACCACGCCCGUCAACUGGCAGAAGGGGGAGAAGGUCAUCAUUCACCCCUCUGUCCAGGGUGAGGAGGUCGCCAAGCUCUUCCCUGAGCACGAGGUCGUCAAGCCUUACCUCCGCUUCGCACCUUACCCCGGAGAGGCUUAG